GCGGUUUUGUUUCCGGCCGGAGCCGGUUACGGAGCGCCCCGCGUCCCUGGGGGGCGGUGGCUCCUGAGGCUGCGGAGGCAGCCGGGGGCUCCGGAAGUCAACACCAUGUCGAGUCUGCACAAGAGCCGGAUUGCAGAUUUCCAGGAUGUUCUGAAGGAGCCCUUGAUUGCACUGGAAAAGCUGCGGGAACUCAGUUUCAGUGGCAUCCCCUGUGAGGGCGGACUGCGGUGCCUCUGCUGGAAGAUCCUCUUAAACUACCUCCCUUUGGAGAGAGCUUCAUGGACUUCCAUCCUGGCCAAGCAGAGGGAGCUAUAUUCUCAGUUCCUGAGAGAAAUGAUUAUUCAGCCUGGCAUUGCUAAGGCCAACAUGGGUGUGUCCAGGGAAGAUGUGACCUUUGAAGAUCAUCCCCUCAACCCCAACCCUGACAGCCGGUGGAACACGUACUUCAAGGACAACGAGGUGCUGCUGCAGAUUGACAAAGAUGUCCGGAGGCUGUGCCCAGACAUAUCCUUCUUCCAGAGGGCCACUGAAUACCCAUGCCUCCUCAUCCUGGACCCUCAGAAUGAAUUUGAGACCCUUCGUAAGCGGGUGGAACAGACAACGCUGAAAUCCCAGACAGUGGCCCGGAACCGGAGUGGGGUCACAAAUAUGAGCUCCCCACACAAGAAUUCCACACCACUGGCCCUGAAUGAAUAUGAGGUGCUGCCCAACGGCUGUGAGGCCCACUGGGAGGUGGUGGAACGGAUCCUGUUCAUCUAUGCGAAGCUCAACCCUGGCAUCGCUUACGUGCAGGGCAUGAAUGAGAUCGUGGGGCCUCUCUACUAUACCUUUGCCACUGACCCCAACAGCGAGUGGAAAGAGCAUGCUGAGGCAGACACUUUUUUCUGCUUCACCAACCUCAUGGCUGAGAUCCGAGACAACUUCAUCAAGAGCCUAGAUGACUCACAGUGUGGCAUCACCUACAAGAUGGAAAAGGUGUACUCCACCUUGAAGGAUAAAGAUGUGGAGCUCUAUUUGAAACUGCAAGAGCAGAACAUCAAGCCCCAGUUCUUCGCCUUUCGCUGGCUCACGCUGCUGCUGUCCCAGGAAUUCUUGCUGCCUGACGUCAUCCGGAUCUGGGACUCCCUGUUUGCCGAUGACAACCGCUUUGACUUCCUCCUCCUCGUCUGCUGUGCCAUGCUCAUACUGAUCCGAGAGCAGCUGCUGGAAGGGGAUUUCACUGUCAACAUGCGGCUCCUGCAGGAUUAUCCCAUCACAGACGUCUGUCAGAUCCUACAGAAGGCCAAGGAACUCCAAGACGCAAAGUAGCCUGGUGGCAGGAAACCCAGGUUUGGGAGAGCAGCCAUCGCAAAGAAGCCCAUGGAAUGGACAGCCCAAGUGGAGGCUGCAGGCUCACUGGCUCCAGGCCUUUUCACCCUGCCUCCCCCCGCAGCCUAGGCCACUCCCACUGGGGGUGCACUGUGCUGUGCUCCUUCCCAGCUACCCAGCCCUGCUGCCCUCCCUGUUCUGAAGCCCUGAGACCCUCUGCCCAGGCUGCUGAGCAGGGCAGCAGCUCCUGAACAAGUUUCCUGGGGCUGGGGCCAUUUGGGGCAUAGGGAGGCUGGCAGGGUCCCUCCUGCUUCUGCUCCACUGCUGUCCCUUCUUUCCUGCUUUCAGUCUUCUCCUGGGUGCUGGUUGUGGGAGGUGCUUGGCAAAUGGGCCAGAAACCACUUCUGAGGGUCGGUGCUCAGGCUUCUCCAUGGAGAAGUGACACCAAAGGAGCUGAGUGACUGCCAGGCCCGGGCCCUGUCUGUCCACUGAGCUUGUGUCUGCUUGUCAGUGGUGUGUGUCCCCCAGGUGUCUCUGCUUCUCUGUGUGUGUUUUAGGGGGUGGGGUGAGGGUACCUUAGGAUCCCUCGAGGUCUCUGCUUUCCCUUCUCUGUCUCUCUACCUCUGCCUGUGUUCUUCCCCCUCUUUCCCAGAGGGUGUGCGUGACUCUGUGUCUUCCUCUCUCUGGUUCUCUCUGCCCUUCUCUCUUGGGUGCCUUAUCCUGAGCCUCUUUCCUUGCUCCUCUUCUCCACUCCCAAGAAGCCAGGAGACAGAAUGACGAGUUUGGCACAGCAAGGCCCCUGGAGGUCAAACUUCACCUUGAUGUCCUGGUCCCAGGCUCCCAGGUACCCCACACUGGGAGGGAAUCCACAGUGCCUCACCAGAGGGCCCCAACCCUGCUCCCCAUCACAGAAAUCUUGGAAACCCAAAGCUGCUGAGAAAUGAUAGCCCAUGAAGCUUUGAGCCUCUUGCCCGUUUUCUGUAGGAACGGAAGAGGGAGAGGGUCAUUUCAGAGGUUUCCCCCAAAGGCCUUCUGCUCUCAGAAAACAGGGAUAGCUAGGAAAUUCUGUGCUGGAAUUUGAA